AUGCUUUUUUCAUUGUUUUUUCAUUCUUUUUUCAUCCUUUUUGUCCUUUUUUCAUCCUUUUUUAUCCUUUUUUCAUUCAUUUUUUCAUCCUUUUUUAUCCUUUCGUUUUUUCAUUCUUUUUUUCACCAUUUUUCAUUCUUUUUUAUCCUUUUUUCAUCCUUUUUUACAUCCUUUUUUAUCCUUUUUUCAUUCAUUUUUUCAUUCUUUUUUCAUCCUUUUUCAUUCUUUUUUCACCAUUUUUUCAUUCUUUUUUAUCCUUUUUUAUCCUUUUUUCAUUCAUUUUUACAUCCUUUUUUAUCCUUUUUUCAUUCAUUUUUUAUCCUUUUUCAUUCUUUUUUUCACCAUUUUUUCAUUCUUUUUUAUCCUUUUUUCAUCCUUUUUUAUCCUUUUUUCAUCCUUUUUAUCCUCUUUUCAUUUAUUUUUCAUCAUUUUUUCAUCCUUUUUUUUCUUCCUUUUUACAGAGACUGUCUUAAGAAAUGUGCUUGA